UUUCUCGCACUUGAAAACACAAAAAAAUAGUGUUUCUAUUUCUCACUCUAGCUAAAAUAUAGCAUGGUAAACUUCACGUCUUGCUCUCACUUUUGUUUUUGUUUCAUAAUAAACCAAUACUUAUAACACUCAUUUCCUUGCCUAUCUCUUUGUACGUACAUGUAGAUGUGUAAUGAUCAAUCCACAUCUCUUCAAAGUACUGAAACUCAAAUUCUGCUUCAGUGUUUUUUUUAAGAGAAAUUAAUUACUUCAUUACUAUUUCUUGAUCAGCAGCUGAUCACUCCCUACAUUUUCAACUAGCUAGGGCAACACCCUUUACUAUAUAUGAACAACGUCUGUUCCCUAUAUUUUAGAGGUAGGAGCAACAUUUCUUGGGUCACCUCUAGCUCUAUACUAUUCUUGCAUGCUCCUUUCCUGUUCCUGCUAAACCAACACCAUAUUUUUCAGCCCCAUCAUCUCAACACGCAUUUCCUUUUGAGGAAAGGAGUGCGAGGGGAUCUUUAAAAGAAUCUACUUUACUCCUCUUCUUCUGGUUUCACUAUCCAGUUCUAUCGCUAAAUCUUUCCAUUCAGUUCUCUUUAACCCUACUCCUAUUUGUCCUUCAAGGUUGUUUUACGAAAAUGUGGAUGAUGGGUUACAAUGAUAGUGGUGACUUCGACAUGCCAGAUUCUUUCAAUGACAGGAAGCUUAAGACUCUAGUUCCGAGGCCACUACCCUCCACAAACAACACUUCAACUGCCUCUGGCCAUCCUUGCCCUGGCAGCCGUCUUCAUAGUACCGAUUUUCUUGCUCUAAAUCAGUACCAUCUGGGACUGGCAAGUAUGGUUGAUCAAGGCAUAAGAGAGUUCAACACACAGCCAGUUGUAAUGAGCUCAAGAUGGAAUCCAACACCAGAACAGUUAAGGACCCUCGAGGAGUUGUAUCGAAGAGGGACUAGAACACCCUCAACUGACCAGAUUCAAGACAUAACUGCACAGCUUCGUAGAUAUGGAAGAAUUGAAGGAAAGAAUGUGUUCUACUGGUUUCAAAACCACAAGGCGAGAGAAAGGCAAAAACGUCGACGUCAAAUGGAAUCUGAUUCUCUUGAUGAUCAUCAGCAAAAUGGACAUGGUGUUGAAAUGUUUGAAAGGAAAGAACCAGGAGCAAGUAUGACAGGUUAUGAAGGUGAACAGACCAGGAACUGGGCUCCCUCUACAAACUGCAGUACACUAUCAGAGGAAUCUGUUUCAAUAUCAAAGGCAACAAAAGCAGCAAUGGCAGAGUACUAUAGACCAGAUGGAUGGAUCGAAUUCGAUGAAGGAGAAAUAAUGCAGCAUAGAAGGAACCUCAUAGAAAGGAAUGCGACGUGGGAGAUGAUGCCGUUUUCUUGCCCAUCUCCCACCCACCUAUUAAACACUAUAUCUAGCGCUACUGCUACAACUAUAGCUACUACAAGUGCGUCAACACAAGGAGCGGCAACAGUAAGAACAAUGGACCCAACAAAGCUCAUGAACGCUCAUGACCUCAACAUCUUUAUAGCACCUUACAUAGAAAAUGGUUAUCAUGGAGCCCGUAUUAACCACUUCAAUAACAGCGUCAUCAACGAGGGAGGUGAAUAUUGCAGAGAUGGCAAUGACGAAUCUCAAACCCUUCAACUAUUUCCUAUUCGUAGUGGCGGUAACGGAAACAAUAUUGAAAGAAUUAACGAGAGAGAGACUGAGGUAUCGGUUUCUGCUACUGAAACCUUGAAUGCUAACGACUUCUCUCCUUGCCAGUUUUUCGAGUUCCUUCCACUGAGGAUCUAAUGACCAGCCAAAGCAAGACUUUUUAUUUCUAUUUUCACUUUAUGAGUAGUUUUCUAUGAAUGUAACAUGAUGGUGGUAGGGGUUCUGGGGUUUGGAUAUUGUAAUGUUGUUGGAAAAUGGGAAGUACUGUUUCUUGUUCAGAGAUUAAGAUGCUGCAUUUCAUGGCAUUA